UCUCGUUGAUGUUUUGUUCUCAUUUGUUCUUGUUUGUUCAGGUUAACCAAGCAUGGGACAAGAUUAUUCGUACAGCCAGCCAUCUUCAUCUGACGAGUUCGACAUAACUUCCCUGCUUGAAGCAGAAGCUGCAAUGUACGCGGAUGAAGGCGAGAGUAGCUACAAUGCGGCAGAGCCGUUUAAGUACUCACCUCCGGAGCCGAGAGUAGCUGAUGAUGGAAUCCCGACGCCUUGCUGUGGUGGUGGUGGUGAUCCUAUUGUCGCAACAUCAGAGAUGAGUGACUUUCAGAGACAGCUUAGAGAGCUUAAGGAUGAAGGUCAUGUGAAUGCGUCAAAGCUGGAUAUGCUAGAGAGGACCGUUGGGGAGUUAUCUAAGAAGGAAGUAGAGGUUAUACAUGGCUUCGCAUUGGAAGUUUACGUAAUGGUCUAUGGGUUAGUUCUAAUAGGUUUGGCGGUCAUGUAUCUUCAUGGUUAGUUUCUCUCUUGAGUUUUUCAUUGAACUUCAUGCAACUAUCACUUUGUCUAUCUUAUGUUGUUGUGUUUCUCAAGUUCUUUCUCUUUUUAAUCUCAAUUCAAUUUAUACAUUAUACAGUAUUUAUACAUGUGUUGCGAGAUUAAAGAAAAUAAACUUAUACAUUCUUCAAAAAAAAAGAAUAAUUUAUGCAUGUGUAUUAAGGUUUUAAAAAUUAACUUAUACAUUAUUCAUAAAAAAAAAGAAUAAUUUAUGCAUGUGUAUUAAGGUUUAAAAAAUUAACUUAUACAUUAUAAACAAAAAAAAAAAGAAUAACCUAUACAUGUGUAUUGAGAUAAAAAAAAAACUUAUACAUAUGUUUUUAAACCAGGAUGUCGUCAUCUUCAUCCAAUGAUUUGGAAGAAAGAUUGGACGAAAUUUUCGACGAAAUCUGCGAAGAUACUUUCAACAACAUCGAGGCCCAAACCAAUAAGCAACGGAAACGUGCUUAUAUAGAACGAAACCGUGAAGCAGGACACAACCGUCUAUGGAAUGACCACUUCAGCGACAAUCCCGCAUUUGAAUCACAUUUAUUCAGACGCCGUUUCCGUAUGAACAAGGAAUUAUUCUUGCAUAUUGUCCAUAGCCUCUCAGUGAACGUUCCAUUCUUUCAACAAAGAAGAGAUGCUACCGGGAGGUCUGGUCUUUCUCCACUACAAAAAUGUACGGCAGCAAUUCGUAUGCUUGCUUAUGGUUUUGCGGCUGACGCGGUGGACGAAUAUCUCCGACUUGGUGAGAGCACGGCACUUUCGUGUUUACAUAAUUUCACUGACGGAAUAAUACGGUUAUUUGGAAAUGAGUAUCUACGAAGACCCACGCCAGAAGAUCUUCAACGACUACUCGAUAUUGGAGAGAAACGCGGGUUUCCUGGGAUGGUUGGGAGCAUUGACUGUAUGCAUUGGGAGUGGAAAAAUUGCCCAACCUCUUGGAAAGGACAGUACGCACGUGGAUCAACAAAACCGACAAUUGUUUUAGAGGCUGUAGCUUCACAAGAUCUUUGGAUAUGGCACGCUUUUUUGGGUCCUCCAGGUACGUUAAACGAUAUUAAUGUCCUUGAUCGGUCUCCUGUUUUUGAGGACAUUAUAGAAGGUCAAGCACCAAGGUUAGAAUACGUGGUCAAUGGACACAAGUAUAAGUUCGCUUACUACCUCACAGACGGUAUAUAUCCAAAAUGGUCAACAUUUGUCCAA